GUAAGUUUAAUCAUUUUUAGAAUUAAAAAAAGAAAGGAAAAAAAACCCUCCUUCCCCCAAUUCGGUCGCCUAGGUUUUAAAUUUUUUUGUUCUUUUCGUUUCCAAUUUUUUUUUCUCAUUUCUGCAUAUAACGUUCGUCGAUUGUACCCUUUCGCAAUUUCUCCGAUUUUUUUGACGAUUUUUUUACGAAAAAGAUUCUCCCAGAUGAGAUUUUAUUGAAAGUAUACGACAUUUUCUUGUCACAAGAAACUAGUUUUUUUUUUUUAAAUACUCGAAGUCAGAUUUCUCUUGUUAAUUUUCAAUUUUAUUAGUCAGUCCGAUUGGUCUGAUCUGGUCAUGGAUUCGCGAGAUUCAUCAUCGUCGUCGGUUCCGAAUCGAGAUGGCACCGCAGGCGAUGACGACGGAGUCCUCUCCGUCACUGCUGCACUCGCUAAAGAUGCCGCUCUUUACUUCCAGUCUAGAAAGUUCGCCGAGUGUGUUGAUGUCUUGACUCAGCUUAAGACGAAGAAAGAAGGUGAUCCCAAGGUUCUUCAUAAUAUUGCAAUAGCAGAGUUUCUUCGGGAUGGUUGCUCUGAUCCAAAGAAGAUGCUUGAAGUCCUUAACAAUAUCAAGAAGAGGAGUGAGGAGCUUGCUCAUGCAUCUGAGGAACAGGUGGAGUCUGGUAGCGAUGUUGGAAAUAAAGUUACUUCAGGUUCAAAAGAAAGCAGUUCAACUACACAUCAAGUUUCUGCUUCACAUAGUGCCAGUACUAUUUAUACUGCUGAAUUUGAUACCUCUGUCAUUUCUCUAAACAUAGCAGUUAUUUGGUUCCACCUUCAUGAAUACGCAAAGGCAUUAUCAGUUCUUGAACCUCUAUAUAAAAAUAUUGAACCAAUAGAUGAGACAACAGCUCUUCAUAUCUGCCUCUUGUUGCUGGAUGUUGUGCUAGCUAGCUGCGAUGCUUCAAAAUCUGCAGAUGUGUUAAAUUAUUUGGAAAAAGCAUUUGGUGUUGGCAAUGUGAGCCAAGGGGACAAUGGUAACAUUUUGUUACAACAAUCCACGAAUCUAGUUGGAAAAUUAUCCUCAGUUCCGAGCAGCUCAUUGGUCUCAGAUGCUUCUACUCCGGACUUAGCUGCUAGUGUGAAUGCUUCCGAGAAUCCACUAUCCAGAACUCUAUCAGAGGACCCACUGGAUGAAAUGUUUUCAACACUGGAUAUUGCUGGACAGAACUUAUCACGGUCUGCUGAUCUUACAUCUCCAAAAGAACUUCCUAGGACCAGAGUUGAUAGAUCUAUCUUUGGUGUUGAUUUGAAGCUUAAGCUGCAACUUUACAAGGUCCGAUUUCUGCUUCUAACUCGAAAUAUAAAGCUAGCAAAGCGUGAAGUCAAGCAUGCUACGAAUAUUGCUCGAGGGAGAGAGUCAUCUACGGCCCUCCUCUUGAAAGCCCAGCUUGAGUAUGCUCGUGGAAACCACAGAAAAGCCAUCAAGUUGUUGAUGGCAUCAACUAACCGGACAGAUACAGCAAUUUCGAGCAUGUUUAACAAUAAUCUUGGCUGCAUUUACUAUAAACUCGGGAAGUAUCAUACGUCUGCAGUGUUCUUUUCCAAGGCGCUUAGUAAUUGUUCAUCUCUUCAGAAGGAGAAACCUCUAAAGCUAUUUACAUUCUCGCAGGAUAAAUCUCUCCACAUAACAUAUAAUUGCGGAUUGCAAUAUUUGGCCUGUGGGAAACCAAUAAUUGCCGCACGCUGUUUCCAGAAGGCAAGUUUGAUUUUCUACAAAAGACCUCUCUUGUGGCUUCGGCUUGCUGAAUGCUGUCUAAUGGCUGUAGAAAAAGGACUUGUAGAAGGAAGUCGGCCUCCAUCAAACAGAUCAGAAAUUAGGGUUGAUGUUAUCGGAAAGGGUAGGUGGAGGAAACUUCUAAUUGAGGACGGAAUAUCCCGAAGCGGACUUGUAGAUUCUGUUGGAAAGGAUGAUUGGGCUUUAGGUGGUGAUGAGGAGCCUAAGCUUUCCUUACCCCUUGCUCGGCAGUGUCUCUAUAAUGCAUUGCACUUGUUGAAUUGUUCUGAUUCGAGCCAUUUAAAGUGUCUUCUACCUUCAAAUUCAUCCUUGGAGGAAAAUGAAUCUAGUGAUGGGGCGUCUUCCAAGAACCCAAACCAUAAGAGCUUAGUUGGCAUAGAUUCCAAACCUUCAACUCUGUCAGUAGGUCUGGUGAACUCGAAUGGGGAUUUCAAAGAGCCAAAGGCAGGAACUAAUCAGGAGAUGAUUCAUAAUUCCGUUGCCUAUUUUGCAGAUAUUUGCAGAAAAGAAAAUCAGAUGAUGAAGCAAGCUCUUCUAGCUAACCUGGCAUACGUAGAGUUAGAACUGGAGAAUCCAUUGAAGGCUCUUUCAGCGGCACGAUCUCUCUUAGAACUACCUGGUUGUUCAAGAAUCUACAUCUUUCUAGGUCAUGUCUAUGCAGCAGAGGCCCUCUGCUUGCUUAACAAGCCUAAGGAAGCCGUGGAGCAUUUGUCCAUUUAUUUGUCCGGCCCCAAUAAGGUUGAAUCUCCAUUCAGUCAAGAAGACUGUGAGCAGUGGCUAACAGAAAAACCCAUCGAUUGUGAAGAACCAAACGGAGGAGGAGGAGGAGCAGCAACAGCUGCCAAGAACCCUUCCCCCGAGGGCAUGCAGGAAUUCAUGUUUCUUAAGCCAGAAGAAGCAUGUGGAACACUUUACGCAAAUCUUGCCGCCUUGUACGCAACACAAGGCGAACUAGAUCGUGCCCACCAAUUCACGACACAAGCAUUAUCGCUACUACCCAACAGUACUGAAGCCACCAUGACCGCAAUUUACAUCGAUCUCGUGCUCGGUAAGUCACAAGAAGCUCUAUCCAAGUUAAAACGUUGUAGUCAUGUUAGGUUCCUUUCAAGCAAUCUACAGUCAAAUAAAUCCUCCUAAUGUUUGUUCUUUUGUGUGGGUGGGUUCUAAUUCAAGAAAAAAAAGAACCCAAAAUGGCCUUCAUCAUUCAGUUGCUAGUUAGCAGGGUAGAUCAACAAUCCUUUUAGAGGAUUUGUAUCAUAUGAUAUAGUUCAAUUCACAUAAUAAGUGUUUUUUUCUUAACUUUUUAAAUUCAAUUUUCCAAAUAUCUAGGGUUCAUAUUUCAUUGGUGAGGCUGAUUGUUUUGGUAAAAGUGCUGAAGCCCACCUUUGAACUUGAGAUUGUAGUUCUAAUUCAGGGUUUUACUGUGUUUAGGGUUUACUCUUGACAUUGACAUUGAAAAAUGGAAUAGAUUUUUCGUUCAUUUUGGAUUUUGACUUCCAAA